UGCCAAAUUUUUUUGCUUUAUUACGUGCCCUAAAUUCAGAUGAUUUGGAGACUUGGCUAUUGGCUUUUGGCUGUGAACUGCACACUAAACAGCUGCAGAAGACACACAUGUACCAAAUUACUAAGCAUGUUCCAAUUUGUAUUAUAACUUAAGCAGGAGUUUUCUGUCCUUUUUUCCCAGGUAAAAAUGGUUGGUGGAGGGAGCUUUUUGAUGCUAUACAGGCCCUAAGAUACACCUUCCAGAAUUUGAAAACCAUAGGUCUAAAAAUAUGCAUAUACAUAUGGAAAUGAAUUUUACAUUAUUUGAAAUAUUUAGAAAUUAAAUUUUGCUUUAAUCAUUCACCAGAAAAAAAGCAGAAUAAUGUAUAUGGAGAUUCCACUUACCCAUCCUUCUGCCCCAGGCCUAAAACUGUAUAAACUGUAGGAAGGCCACUGUUCUGGGUUCUGUAUCCCUGGAAUUUACUCUCUCUCAUGGAGACCACCAAAUUUCUAGUACUCAUCUGUCAGGAACACUGUACAGACUGGGGAUUCAUAACUACUAACACAACUGCAUAUCCUUGAACAAACAGAUGUUUGCAUUGGUGGUACGCUGUGUUAAUGGUAAACUGAGACAGCCCUGGAAACUGAAAAUGACUGGGGCUUUCUCCACUGAGCCGAAAAAGAAACAGAUAGUACCCUUCAGACCCAGUCCAAGGCGACCCUCCAGCUCUCCCAGGAGUUAAAGUUCCUCGUAAUUUUAGCUUGUUGGAAGAACUUGAAGAAGGACAGAAAGGAGUAGGCGAUGGUACUGUUAGCUGGGGCCUUGAAGAUGAUGAAGAUAUGACACUUACAAGGUGGACAGGCAUGAUUAUUGGGCCACCAAGGACAAAUUAUGAAAACAGAAUAUAUAGCCUGAAAGUAGAAUGUGGACCUAAAUACCCAGAAGCUCCUCCAUCAGUUAGAUUUGUAACAAAAAUUAAUAUGAAUGGAAUAAAUAAUUCCAGUGGAAUGGUGGAUGCACGGAGCAUACCAGUGUUAGCAAAAUGGCAAAAUUCAUGUAGCAUUAAAGUUGUACUUCAAGAGCUAAGACGUCUAAUGAUGUCCAAAGAAAAUAUGAAGCUUCCACAGCCUCCAGAAGGACAAACAUACAAUAAUUAAUUUUAGUGGAUCUCAAACUUGUCUUAAAUCAACAACCUUCUACUCAUGUUAAUGUCUUGCUUAAGUACCACAAUGCAGAAUUCCCACACAUUAAGUAAAAGAAUUCCAGCUGGUAAACAUGACCCGGAUGUUUGUAAGAAUAUAUAUUUUUUUUUUAUUUUAUUUUUUUUUGUAUAAAACUGCAUCUUCUUUAUUUGCACACUUCAAUUUCAGAACAAAAUAAACCAACACAAUACACAACAUCCAACCCCAUUGUCAAAUGAGAUGGGGCUCAUGGCCCUUCUUACAUCCUGCCUUAGACACAAGGACAGGAGGGAGAGAGGGAACCGCUAGACAACAGUAGAUGGAGCCAGGUGGGACAGAGCCACUUGGCCUGCUGUGGGAGUCAGGGGAACACUAUACAGUGGGUACAAGGUUUGAGGGCAGAAACACCUAAUCUACUUCUUCCAUGCAAGAUGCAUCUUUGUCACCUUCAAGGGGGGGGAUCUCAUCAGGAACAGCAGCACUGGAUUCCUCUGCUGUCACUUCAUCUUCAUCAAUGCCUAAGCCUAGCUUGAUCAUGUGGUAGAUACAGUUUAAGUGGGUCUGGGGAUCGUCGAGGGAGAAGCCAGAGGAGAGCAACGCGGUUUCAUACAACAGCACCACCAGGUCCUUGACUGCCUUGUCAUUGUAAGAAUAUAUUUAAUGUAUGUACACCCAUUACGUUUUUAGGUAACAGGAGGAAAAAUGCAGCACAAUUCUUUUUUCUCUUAUCAAGGCACUGUCCUUUAAGCAUAAACCUGGAGUAUAAUAUUGCUGUUUUCAGGUUUACAAGAUGAAAGCAUGGCAAGAAGUGUCAAAUUGCUAUGGAAGGAUAUGUGUGUCUGAAAACUAGUUUCAAGAAGGAAAACCAUAAAUGGCAUGUUUUAUCUACUUGCUUAGUGAAAGAUCUGCAAUUUAAAUUGUUUAAAGUAGCAGGUACAAUGAAUAUUGUUGCAAAUUGUAUUAAUUUUUGAAGCAUUGUGGGUGCUGACUACUAGUAGUAUCAAAGGAUUGUUUUGAUACCUGUAUUUAUAAUAAAAACAAGUUGGGAGGUGUCAGUGAAAAAAAAAAUAGUAAACUGAAGUGAAAGUUUAAAAAUAAUAGUGUGUAGGAGUCGUAUAUAUAUCCCCUCAAAAUAAAAAUUUUUUUCAAAAGUUU